AUGGAACCAAGGACACUUCAUCUCCUCCCACUUUUCACCUCGCUUGUUUCUCUCUUAUCACUCCCUCUCCCUUCCCACUCCUCCAAUGACGACUUCGUCUUCAUGGGGUGCUCCCAAAUCAAAUACACCCCAAACUCACCCUACGAGUCCAACCUCGAUUCCGUCCUCACAUCCCUGGCCAACUCAGCCACCUACUCCACCUAUAACAACUUUACGAUCAUGGGGUCAAGCCCACAAGAUGUGGUGUAUGGACUCUACCAGUGCAGAGGCGACCUUUCAAUGCCGGACUGCGCCACAUGCGUCGCGCGCGCAGUGUCUCAACUGGGCUCCCUCUGCUCCCAAACCUGUGGUGGCGCAUUGCAGCUACAAGGGUGCUUCGUCAAGUACGAUAAUGACACAUUCUUGGGAGUGGAGGACAAGACUGUGGUGCUGAAGAAGUGUGGGCCUUCAGUUGGGUACGAGGCGGAGAGAAUGGGGCGGAGAGACGCGGUGUUGGGGAGUAUGGGGGCUUCAAGUGGUGGGUACAGGGUGGGUGGGUCUGGUGAUGUGCAGGGCGUGGCUCAGUGUGUUGGGGAUUUGAGUGUCGGUGAGUGCCAGGAUUGUGUGUCGGAGGCCAUCUCACGCCUCAAGACUGACUGUGGAACGGCCGUUUAUGGCGAUAUGUUCUUGGGCAAGUGUUACGCCAGGUACACCACUGCUGGGGCUCACACUUAUGCCCACCCUAACCAUGAUUCAUCUCAUGAUGAUGGUGAGAAGACAUUUGCAAUUAUUGUUGGAUUAUUGGCAGGGGUUGCUCUAAUAAUCAUUUUCCUUACUUUCAUGAGAAAGGUGUUUGAGGGAAAUGGUAAAUUCCUUUCCUUUUUUUUUCUUCUUCUUUGGUGUAUUAAUUAUUUGUUCUGAAAUCAGAAUCAUAAAGGACUGAAUCAAUGAUUCAAUAAUGAAAAGAUGCAGGAUUCAUGAUACCUUAUUUGGGUUUCUUUCCCCUGAUGCAGGUAAAUAAUUAGACAACUUUGUGAAGCCCUGCUCCUGCAACUUGCUUUCGAUGGCUCCUUUUCUUCUCCUCCUCGCUCAAGAUGUCAACUUUUUCUUUUUGUUUUUUCCCUUUCUCAUUUUGAGUUUUCUUUCUUCAUAUUUCUCUACCAAAAGGAGAUUAAGAAAGAAGGAUGAAAGGAAGUGUCUAGGGGGGCAACUCCCCUGCUAAAAACAAAGCUAGAAAGGGAAAGAAGAUUAAGAUUCCAAGCUGGCUCUCCAUUUAAAAGAUUUAAUGUUAUCUAAUGUGAAGAAAUGGCAUAUUCUUUUUUGUAAAGGUGCAGAUGGUGCUUUCUUCUUUUUCCUUUUUCUUUUUUUAUUUUAUUAUUAUAUAUGUUGUUUCCUGCUUUUGAUUUUUCA